AUGCCCAAACCUAAAGCUGGCAUGGAAGAAUCUCAGAAGGCCACGUCAAGUGCGAAAAAGUCUUCCCAUUCACCAAAAUCCAGCAAAAGCGCCUCACCUGCCACCCCUAAAAAGAACACAGAUUUAAUUUCCUACAAGAUACGAUUGCUUGACAGCGAUCAGAAACCAUUAGAAAUUACAAUUUCAAAACACGAUCUUGGCCAAGUACUAUUCAACAAAGUAUGUGAUGAGUUGGGUGGUAUAAUCGAACGGGAUUAUUUUGGCCUGCGAUACAUGGACAAAAACAACCAAAGACAAUGGCUUGAUCUCGGUCGGAGCGUUAAAAAGCAAAUGACCGGUGCGCAUUCCACUGCGUUGAGUUUCCGCGUGAAGCAUUAUCCAGGCAAUCCACUUGCUGACUUUCAUCAAGAAAUAUCCCAAUAUCUCCUCUAUCUGCAAAUUCGACGUGAUUUGGUACAGGGUCGACUUCUCUGCCCUCUAAACGAUCUCUAUACUAUAGGAGCUUUAAUUUUACAGUCUGAAUAUGGUGAUGCGCCAUAUGAUGAUGACUCAGCUGAGCUGAAUGGAUCUCUGUCAUCGGAGGAGGAAUACAAUGCAUACUUCAAGAAUUUUAAAAUCGUAUUCAAUCAAACAAAGAAAAUCGAAUCAGAAAUAAUAAGUCGACACAAAUCAUACCGUGGCCUCACAGCCAGAGAUGCUGAGGUUGAGGUGCUCAAGCGUGCCUCGAAAUUACCAACAUAUGGAGUAGAUCCCUUCCCAGUAAAGGUUCUAACAAAGGAGAAAUCGAUGAAGAAGGCAGGCGAUUCGGCAAACAUUAAAACCGCAGCGACUGGCGAUGCCAAUGCCGGCUCUCCUGCAGGGGUUUCUCACCAAGAAGAUCAACCCAGCAAAGCCCCCUUGUCUAGUCCCUCAGGCUCCGUUUACCUUGGUCUGCGUCAUACUGGUCUCACCACCUACGUGGGACUUCAGCCAAGCGAGAACUUUGAGUGGGACAGCAUUGAGAGACUUGCCUGCGAUGGGAAGGAUUUCAUUGUUUAUCUGAAACCCACUGCCGAAUCGGAGGGAACAGUUGACUGUGGCCAUACUCGUGGGAUAGCCACUAUAUGUUCUCACUGUUUUCUUCUUUUCUUGCUUCCCACCCUCGAAUUUCGGACAGGAUCUAGACUUACAGAAGUCAGUCACGACGAAGAAAAGAAAAAGCGGCAACAACAAGAAGAAGACCAAGACGGCGAAACAAAAGAAAAAGCCGGUACAGCCAAAUCGCGGGUUGUGACCUUCCGUUGUGACACCAAGGCCGCUGCUCUUGCACUUUGGAAAUGGACAGUGGAUCGUCAGAGCUUCUUCACAUUGCGGCAAGCCAGUGAAGCCAAGACCACAAAAACUACAAACAGCUUCUUCCGUAGAAGCCAUUCCUACAGAUUCAUUGGUAAAUCCCAAAUGGAACUAAAAUCACUAACUAAUUCCGCAGAAUCGCUCCCUCAGCCAUCCUUUGUAAGGGUCUCGAGCUUGCGUCGUCCAAGGAGCCACGAGGGAGAGUUUGAUCCCCUCGAAGCGCGAGCCACUUUUCCUGCCCGCAUUCGCACUGCUGAUCCCGGCUCUUUCCCAAUGAGCGACACCGCUAAGCGACGUAAGAAUCUGUCUGUUCGAAACAGCGUCAAUAGUUGUGGGUUCUUACCUUCUAUUUCCUCCUCUUUCCUUCUUUCAGGGGAUAGUUCUGAUGAGACGCAGGAGUCCCCAUUGCAAUCCGUCAUCCCCGCGACCGAAGAACAGACAGCUGCUCCUUGUGCAGUUGAUAGUGGAGUCAGGAACAUAGCCAGCGACUUGGGAGUAACACCGACCUCGGAGAUAAAUGUGGAACCCAAGAUCAGUGAAGUGCCCGACCCCGUCACCGUAGUACCGGUCUCUGUGACUCCUGGCACUUCUGCUCCGCCUUGUUCUACUGACGUCGACGAGACUACCACACUGUUGCGUCAUCAACCCAACCACACCACACAGUCGGCGGCACGCGAUUCCGAGUGUUUGCGUGCUGUGAAGGAGAUUGAUCAAGUUAUUGAUUCGGCACAGAAUACCAAUGAGCACCAGAAGUCGACAUCAGCUCUUUCGACGCUACCGAACGGAGAGGUUGCCUUGCACGAGUCCAAACCUACCGCUAGCACCACUGCCAAAUCCGUUUCCUUCUGCUCCAGUCGCACUCUGCUCUACACCAUGGAGGCUGUUGCAGUUCUAGGCAUCGUCUGUUGUGGAGUGGUUAUAGCAGCCCUCGAGACUCGCCCAAUUGGUCCCGGGUCUUCCCGACAAGGUGACUUUUGGACGAAUUUAGCGGGGCAGCUGCAGCGCCAGCCACUCGUCGUCUCUUUUAAUGAUUAUGUCUACGCGCCCCUUCGUGGAUUCUUCGUCGGUGGAGGUCAUUAA